AUGGCAGGCGUUUCCUUACUCCCAACAACCAUCUUCAUUCCAUUUCUUCUGUUGGGAAAAUCAACAUCAGACGUCGCUCUCUUCUUGGGAGAGUGGAGACGACAGAACAUUGUACCGUCGCUUGAACAUAGAGUAACCAGCUGCAUUGCAAGAGUGGGAACUGUCCAACUCUUUUCAGCGUUUUUUGCAACCAUUCUCCUAGGAAUUACAAUCAAAUCUUCCUUUGAGGUUAUAUUCAAUUUCUUUCUCGUGACAGUGGCAGGUUUUGCCCUUGCUUUCGUUGCGUCAUUUAUAAUAGUUCCCACUUUAACAAGUUUACUCGAAAGGGAGUCAAAGCCGAUAAAUUCGUUUUGCAUGAAUCCCAGUACCGAGUUUAGCCGCUUAUUGCAGGAACAAAGAAAGGUAGUAAAUAAAGCAAUUGGAAACGUUAUUAAGAACUUGCCUUGUUGGGUUACUUCACUUGGUGGGAAAGUUCUUUCUCUCUUUGUCUUGAUAUUCUUCAUCAGUUUCUGUGUCUUCUCUGCUCUGCACUCAAGUGAAAGAAUAAGUGCCACAGAAAACCUUUAUCGAGAAAAUGUUAACUUCAACGAGUUUACUGAAGCACAACAAACGUUUUUUGGCAAACAAACGGAUGUAAGUGUCGUAUUUUCCCAGGAAAUUGAUUACUCACAGAAGAUUAACCAAGAAAAAAUGCUCCAGAUCUGUGGAACUCUUGGAAAGGCUCCUUACAGUCAAGAAAGACCAGUGUGUUGGAUGGCUGCCUUGUUAAACAAUAAAAAUUCGAGCUGCACGAAUUCAAAAUUUCGCGAGUGCCUUCACAGAUUUCUUAAUCAAUCUGAAAAUCUACCUUAUCGACAAGAUGUGCGUCCUAACGAGAAUAAUGUCCGUUUUCCAAUCUCUGCGUCUCGAUAUCACGUGAAGAUGGCGCUACAGAAGAGCGUAAGUAAAAACGCAGGUUCGUUCGAGAAACUGAGAGAAGACUUACGGUUUUCCUUGAAGCCUAAAGCAGUGUCGAAGACACUGUUAGAGUUUGAAGACCUUCUCUCUUUGGAAAGAGAAACUUUUCUUUCUCUUAUCAUUGCUACAGUGGUGGCAUUUGGGACUUGUCUGAUGUCUAGUUCAAGUCUUAGGUUAAGCAUCUAUUCAGCGCUAUUAUUUGACUUACUUGUGUUAGAGACAGCAGCAGUUAUGGAAAUGUGGUCAAUUCAGCUUAAUCAGCUAGUCUUCAUUUCCCUGUAUUUAACAGUUGUCUUAGCACACAACCACAGCGUUCAAGUGGCUCAUUCAUUCAUUUUCUCAGACAAACAAAUGGUUAGGGAGCGCAUGAAUAAGGCUUUGGAAUCGGUUGGUUUGCCUGUGGUUAUGGCAGGCUUUCUAGAGGUCUCAGGUUCCGUUUCGUUGGGAUUUAUUUACCCAAGCCUGCAGGACAUCUUCUUUCGACUCAUUCCUGUCGUGUUUGCUUUGGGACUGAUCCAUGCUUUGGUAAUCCUGCCACCAACAGUCACAUUAUUUUUCGAGUUGAUGGACAGCUUUAACUUCCAAAAUAUGCUACCUAACCAAACGAACCAGGAAAGGAGGAAAAUGUCUAUGCAAAUUCGACAUCGUUAUGCGCCACAGGCGAUAUCUAAGCGCCCUGCAAUAUCCGUUGUCGGUAUCAGCUGCAGAUUUCCUGGAGCAAGCAGUAAAGAGAUGUUUUGGAAUUUACUUGAGACAGGAAAAAGUUCCAUUCGAGACUUUCCACCACAAAGAAAAGAGCAACAUCAAACGUUUUUCCGACUUUACCAUCACAAGCGCUUUGUCAGUGGACGUCACUGUGCUAUCAGGGGCUCUUACUUGGAAGACAUUCUAUCUUUUGACAACACGUUCUUCGGUAUCUCCAAUCAAGAGGCUCGUGCAAUGGAUCCCCAGCAACGCAUUCUUUUGGAAGUGGUGUAUGAGGCCAUUGAAGACGCCGGAAUGCGGCUUGAGGAUCUUCAAAGAUGUAAGACAGGGGUCUUUCUGGGUGUAAUGAACCUGGAAUAUGGGACUUUGAUAACAGAUGCAUCAAAUUAUAACAAUAUCGACCAGUUUUCAUCAACAGGUAUCACAGCAUCAAUAUUAGCAAACAGAAUCUCAUUUUGCCUCAACCUCACAGGUCCAAGUUUUGCGGUUGAUACCGCAUGUUCGUCUUCUUUGACAGCACUCAAACUUGCUUGUGAUAACCUGCAUAAUGGCGAUUGUGACAUAGCAAUAGUUUGUGCACCUAACAUUGUCCUUAGCCAUACCAUGCAAAUGUUAUCCAGCAUGGCUGGUCUUUUAGCGCCCGACGGGCGCUGUAAGAGCUUUGAUGCAUCUGGCGACGGUUAUGGAAGAGGAGAAGGCUUUGCAGCAGUCGUUCUCAAGCUCUCAGAUGCAGCUUUGAAUGAUAAGGAUGAUGAAUAUUGCGCAAUUAUUGCAUGUGGUAUGAACAAUGAUGGUCAAAAUGCUGUACCAAUGACAGCGCCAAGUUCAAAGACCCAGGCUGAACUAUUCAGGAUGGUUCUUGAGCAAUCAUGUUUAAAUCCAGAAGACGUAGAUUACCUAGAGGCCCAUGGCACAGGUACUGCCAUCGGUGAUGUUAUAGAAGUCACGUCAAUCGCCGACGUCUAUUCAAGAGGAACCUCUCGACACCUUAAAAUCGGAUCUGUCAAGUCAAACCUCAAUCAUACAGAAUCUACGUCGGGUCUGGCUGGACUAAUAAAAGUUGCGUUGAUGAUCAAAAACAACAAAUUAGUGCCAACUGUUAAUGUGCAAGUAUUGAAUCCAAAAUUGAAAUUGAAAGAUAAAGGAAUUGUGGUGCAGGAAAAAUGUGAGUCUUGGGACACACAAGGUGGAAAACCACGAAUAGGUGCCGUAAACUCUUUUGGUUAUGGUGGAUCAAACGUGCACGUAAUCCUUCGAGAAGUUACACGACAGCCAAGCUUCAAAGAUAAUGAUGGAAAAAGUAGGCGGUCACAUCAUAUCCUCACCCUUUCUGCACGUUCUCAAGAGGCUCUCAAGCGAAUGUCAAGAUUCUACUCUCAGUGGUUGGAAGAUGAAGGGGAGGAUAAUGCAACAUUUUUGGAAAACUUGUGCUACUCAUUGAAGGAACGUCGCGCUCAGUUUUCCCACCGCUUAGCAUUUCCCUUCGAAGCUUUACCCGAGGCAUCUAAGGUUUUAAAGGACUACGCCAAUGAAUCACUGGGAUUGGAACAGAAAGCUGUCUAUGGAGAGAUAAAGAGAACUGAUUCAAAGAUCGUCUUCUUAUUUGGAGGGCAAGGCUCCCAAUGGUAUGCUAUGGGAAGACAGCUAAUUGAGAUGGAACCUGUCUUCAAAGGUGCUAUUUUGACUGUUAACAAUGUAAUGAAAGAUCUGGGAAUAUCAUUAUCAAUUAUAGAUGAGAUCAUGGCAUCAGAGGAAGAAUCAAGGAUUGCAGAAAAUUCCAUCGCCCAGCCGGCUACGUUUGCAAUACAGUACGCCACUGCAAAGCUUCUGAUAUCUUGGAGAAUCUUUCCUUCCGCUGUACUUGGUCACAGUAUUGGAGAGAUUGCUGCAGCAUGCGUCGCUGGGAUCCUAACGCUAAAGGAAGCCAUUAACCUGGUGUUAGCUCGCUCCUCUCUACAAGAUCAGUGUCCCAAAAACGGUAGCAUGGCGGCUUUAGGUUUGUCCGAAGAAUGCGCCAGUGUACUACUAGAUGAGUUGAAGCUAACUCCUACUCUUUGCAUUGCCGCAAUAAACGGUUCAGAUAGUGUGACAGUAUCCGGUGAUCGUCAAUCAGUUGAAACCUUGGGUCAGCACAUUGCGAUACACGAAAAGGCCACUUUCUGGCGUGUUCUUGGAACAAAACGUGCAUUCCACAGCUCACACAUGGAAUUCAUUAAAAGACCAUUCCAAGCAGCACUAAAGCGUAUUUCGUUAUAUCCCAAGCUGUCCAAGAUUCCAAUGUAUUCUACGGUUGUGGGAGAAGUCCUUUGUGGUCGAGAGUUUAACAACGAGUACUGGUGGCGUAACAUUCGCUGUCCAGUUCAGUUUUACUCAGCAAUAAAACAUCUGCUCAAAGAUGGUUACAGACAGAUCAUCGAAAUAAGCACCCAGCCAAUUUUAGCACAUUAUGUGAAAAAGAUUGCCCUGCAAGAAAACUUGGAAGACCAAGCAAGGCCAAUCCUUAUGGAGACCCUUCCUCGUAAGAGAGUACCUGUAAACGAGCAGUGCAAGUCUUUUCUUCUAAACACAGUGUGCAAACUGUAUACACUUGGUUUUCCUAUAGAUUGGAAUUGUGUGCAGACAAUUCCUUCAGCAAAGUUUGUACGCUCGUUAACCUAUCCAUGGCAUAAAAACACCUUUUGGUACAGAGAAAGUCCACCCCAAACCGUCAUCAAACCAAUUGAUGCGGCAUCAAGAUCAGAAACGAAAGGUCACCCAUUUUUGGAAAAAGUGAAGCAAACAAGUCUGUGUUCAGGCCUCCAGUGCUGGGAAACUGAGAUUGACCUCCAUCGCUUUCCUUUUCUUAAAGAUCACGCUAUUAUUCAGGGGGCGACCGUGAUGCCAGGUGCUACGUACCUCGAAAUGGUCUUUGCCAUGGCGAUGGACCAAUUUGUCCAUGUUGCUGGCCUUGAACUCAAUGAUGUAAAACUCUCCAACCUCCUGACACUGCCUGAAUCACAGGUAACUUUACUAUACGAUUUUUGGUGUGAUUUCUUCCAUAUAUAGCCUUUUGAAGUAAUUUAGGGAAGUGUUAAACAGAAGCCGCAGCUCCAUCCAUCUUCAUUAAUGGUUAAACUACACUUUAACUGUUGUAGGUUCGAUUGUUACGACUGCGCCUCCAGAAGACUAAAAGGAUUUGCGAGGCCGAUUUCAACAUAACAAACGUACAGGAUGAUCACUCAGAGAUCGUCCUAAGCAGUGGACAAAUCUGUCUUGAUCUUCUGCAGACACAAAAGACAGGUAGCCACAAAGGUAAUCUUCAUACAUUUGUUGGACUUUCUUUUACAUCAAGUCAAUGUUGUAAAAAGCUCCUAAAACUGAAGAUAAAGAAACAGUCACACAAGAGUUUUGCGCAGAACCUAAGCAGAAACUUGUCUUCUAUACUUCUUUCGCGCCAUUGGUACGUUUUAAUGAAUUUUAUAUUGGUAUUAGCCAUUCAUUCUGUAGCUUGUCUGUUACAGGGGCGUAGCUAGCGUUUCGGCUAGUUGUAGGCCUGCCUUACUUUCACUUCCACAUAUCCCGAAAAUUGCACGCAUAACUAGUACGUGCUGACUUCAACAACACUUUGAGAUCCUAAGCUUUUUAGCUCACCCCAACAACGCGUAAUUUAAUACAAGCGGUAGAGGGAUCAAAAAAAAUUUUAGGCCCGGGCCGCCACGUCCAUGGGCUGGCUACGCCCGUGUGUCAUUACAUAGUUUUUUACUAUUAUUAUUAUUACUGCAUAAUAUAGAUAGUCGUAUAAACAUAACAACUUUCUUUAAUUUCCAGACAUGUUUCGACGGUACAUCCGUCAUCUUCAGCCUUACAUAUUUUGAAAUCGCCGUUGAAUUUAAAGCGCGCGCGAUGUUACAAAGUUCGUGACAUUGCGUUGUCAAUAUUGCGUACUAAAACAAAAAAAAAACAUUAAAUGAGUGACGCUUAGUUCUUUACAGGGAGAGAGUCAGGUUAAUGUGUUUCACCUGCUGGUUGAGAUCGGGCUUCUCCCAUUUUAUAAACAUGGAUUUCUUAAGCUUCGCUUGGUACUUAGUGGCUGCAGAGUCCAGGAUCUCGAAGCAAUCCGGUGUGCAGAAUGCUCUACAAAACUCUGAACUCUGCAUAUGUUUAAAAACGUUCGAAGACCUGUCUGAAAGUAAGUGCUCGCGCACUCGUGUGGAGAAGUGUCGGCUGGUUUCACCAACAUAACAAGCAUUACAACUUGCACACGAAAAUUUAUAGUCCACACGCGUGCGUAGCCCCUCAGGGACAGCAUCUUUCACAUUAAAAAGAUUCCUGACUUUGAAAGUAGUAAAGACUAACCUUAAAUCAAUAGGUUUACAUAACCGGUUAGCAAGUUUGCGAUUAAAAACGUUCGAAGACCUGUCUGAAAGUAAGUGCUCGCGCACUCGUGUGGAGAAUUGUCGGCUGGUUUCACCAACAUAACAAGCAUUACAACUUGCACACGAAAAUUUAUAGACCACACGCGUGCGUAGCCCCUCAGGGACAGCAUCUUUCACAUUAAAAUGAUUCCUGACUUUGAAAGUAGUAAAGACUAACCUUAAAUCAAUAGGUUUACAUAACCGAUUAGCAAGUUCGCGUAUACUCCUCUGUACCGUCGAAACGUGUCUGGAAAAUUAAAGAAAGUUGUUAUGUUUAUACGGCUAUCUAUAUUGUUGCUGCUAUCUAGACCUACUGCAUAAUAAUAAUUGUUUAUGAUAUAUAUUAUCAGCAUCUAACAUGGCUGGGCCAGUAGUGAAUGAGAUUCUGACAAGAAUGGAGCGAAUGCCGAAUGAACGGUUCCGAAGAAUAACGGAGAAGUUUGGAUUCAACUACGGCCCUUCGUUCUCCAUCAUCAAAGAGAUAUGGAAAUGUGAUAGGGAGGCGCUAUGCCUGAUAGACAUCGCAGAGGCACACACCAUCCAAGAUCAAAGUGAAAGUUAUAUUGUUCAUCCGUCUAUUUUAGAUGCUUGCCUUCAGUCCUGCUUUGUUACCCUGGGAACCUCGUCGAUGGAUGAUAAAUCUAUUGUGCCAGUUGGUUUCAGGCAUAUUGCACUCAAUGACUCACCAUCAACCAGCCAGUUAUAUUGCCACGUGACUGCGGAUCUUUCCGAGUUCGGACGAUUUAAUGUGACACUUAUGAGUCCAAGUGGCUAUGUUUUUCUCUCCAUGACUGAUUUCCGAGUUGCAGAGUUAACAAGUUCACCGCGUCAAGCUCCUUUUGUAGACCUUGCCUACGACGUCAGGUGGAGUGAAGUUGAGUUAACAAGACAGGAAGAGAGUGCCCCACCUCUGACUUGUAUGGUGCUCUCAGACUCCUCUGAUUUUUCAGAUCAUUUGCUCUCUUUACUUAAAGCUCGGGAAGUCAAAGUUAUCUCCGUUAGUUCUCCAGUUGGUCGAUGUUUUGAAUCCGAAGUUCAAGACAUUUUAAAAACCGCCUUUGCAGAAAUACAGACGAUUAAUUCCUCUCUGUUGAGGGUUAUCAAUCUCUGGCCUUUGGAUACAUCCCUUCUACCCGACCAUUUUGAAGUCAUUGAGCAAGCUCAACAACUAACCUUUAGCAGCUCUGUUUUCCUACUUAAGUUGUUGAUUGAAAAAGAGUUCAUGGAUUCUCGGCUGUUUCUCGUCACCGAGCUAACACAGCUUUUGGACAUCUGUGACAAUUCUAGUAACGGUAUGUCCAUUCCAUGGGGUGCUACAGUCUGGGGACUAAGACGAACAGCGAACCUUGAAGAAUUUAACAUAAGGGUUACCACCAUUGACCUUUGUGAUAAAGAAGAUAAACGGGAACUGGACUCCUUAGUAGAUGAAGUUUUAGGUGACAGCGUGGAGGACGAGGUGGCCUUUCGAGAUAGACGACGAUUUAUAAAUCGCCUUGUCAGGUCAGAAUUACAACAGGACACCUCUAAAACAGUUAAAAGAAAAGAGAGGAAGAAUGAGGGACUACUAUAUCUUUCAAAAGUUCCUUUCUCAAAAUCGCUUUGCCUUCGCGAGAAAUGUAUCCCAAAAACAACGCAAUCUGAAGUCAUUGUAGAAGUUUGCUAUUGUUGGACGCCCUCAGAAUCACUCUUUGAUGUGUCUAAACCAAAUGGAUGUGUCUUCGUGAGUGGAAAAGUCUCUGAUCUCCCUGUAAAUGGCAAGAGUACUUUGCAAAUUGGAGACAAUGUGUGUGGUGUCAUUCCCUCUGGUCGUGUUGCACGUUUCAUUUCAAUACACGUCAGUAACGUGUUUUUGAAACCUUCCAACCUGACAAUAAAGCAAACUACUUACCUUCCAGCAUGCUUGGCGUUGGCAUAUCAUGCUCUACAAAAAGCGGCGUCCGGCACCGAAAGGCAAAAGAUUUUAAUAAAUGAAGCCAAUCGUGGGGCCGGACCAGCAGCAGUACUUCUGGGAAAAACACUGGGUCACAGAGUGUCCUGCACAAUCUCCGACACUUGCAGCCAAUCCACCAAAUGUUUUCUUACCAAUUUGGGCGCAGCGAGUGUAAAGCGACAGAGUUAUCCGGCUUACAAUGAUAAUACGAUUGAUUUGUUUGACGCUGUUGUGUUCUUUAACCCACCGCUUCCAAAUGUCCUACAGAGGAGUGGUCUCAAUCUAAAGAACGGAGGAAAAGUAAUUAUCUUGAGUGCUCAUUUUGAAGGCGAUGUCGUCUUUCCAGCAAAGAAGGAUUUCAGUUACGAGAGAGACAAUGUAUUAGACGUUUUACGAUCGCCGACGGCAUUUGAGAACCUAAGCAGGCAAAGCAUGCAAAUUCUGGAAAGCAAUGGAGUAUCACAACAGCUUCUGGAAAUGCCAGUUGAGUGUGUAGAUUUUGCAGCUACACUUAAAGCUACCAAUGAACUCAUCGACAGAACAUCAUCUUUGAAAGAUAUAGUAACACCAUCCUCGGACAUUUCGUGUGUUAUACAAUCACUUGCAACAUUUGAUAGGGAACACCUUCAGGGCAUCCUAGUGCUACCCCAAGGCUUAGAUCAGUGUGGUUUGAAAGAAAAUAAGUCCUAUCUGGUUGCUGGGGGAGUGCGAGGAUUUGGUUUUGAAGUGGCUCGAUGGAUGGCAGAAAACGGCGCAAAGUCUAUAGUACUUCUCGGCCGCUCCAUGCCUUCGGAUUCCAAAAUUCAAGAGGUGCGUCAGAUUGAAAGGAGCACCGGUACAACGAUCCAUAUAAUUCAGGUACGUAUUCUUAAUCUCCCAGCCUAUACAAUAAUUUUCCUGCAAAAUAGAAAUCCAUUCAUAUUGGACGUUUUUUGGUUUUUGUCUUGCAUUGUGUUUGUAUAUGCAGCAUCCUAGCCUUUUGUUCAGAAACGUUUUUAUGAAAAUUUCCGUAUUCUAUGAAAUUUCGAUCUCAGACGUAAGAAAAAAAAAAUAACAAUGUGAUACUUUCAACUUAAUAAAGUCUAUUGCCAGAUUAACCCUCCUUGCUUGUGGUAACAUAAACCCCUGAGACAAAUACUUUCGUUUAUAUGUAAUCGUAGCUGAACAAGUUUGAGAUAAACAAAUGAAUUUUUUUGGCUUCGAUUAAGGUGAUUGUUAGAAUUGAUCACAUACUCUGAUGUAAGGCAUUAUUUCAAUUAAGUAAUGUAAAGUUUCUAGUCCAUUUUCAUUUUAUUUUUUCAUCCUGGUGGCUACAUUCACCCUAAGAAACCGAUCUACAAAGGCCACCUCCUUACAACGGUCACGUACUGCCACCCAUAAGCCCGGGUGCGAAGGCACUCGACUGAGUUUUAUUCGGGGAGGUUCUGCCCCGAGGUCCAACCCCUUACUCUUUUACACACCAUUUUGGACAGAAACGUUACUCCUUCCGUUUAACCUCUUGCCUUAAACCUAACUAUCCCUUUUAACCGCUGUAAUUCCUCUGUCCUUUUAAUAUUAAUAAAUCACCUGACCAGGAAUUAAUUCAAAGUUUAUUGACUUUCUUUAAGCGAUAAAAUGCAUUUUCGGUCCUUUUACAGUCCCGUAAUCUUCUCCUGAUGGGCCUAAAUGACAAAUUGCCUUAACGUUCCAUAUACUUCAACAAGAAAAAUCCCUACUCUAGGCUCUCCGUUUAGGCCAUUACAUUGAGUAUCCCCAGGGUUUGUUGUUUAGGUUUCUGCUAUCACUCCGCAUUUCAUGUUUACUUUGACGAUGACCUUUUUGCAGGUGGAUAUAUCCAAUCAAAGACAAAUGUCGUCUUUGAAAGACCGCCUUCAAUCUCUUCCAGAUGUCGCAGGCAUUGUACACACUGCUAUGGUUCUUAGAGACGAAUUCCUCAAAGACUUGACAUCACAGAGUUUUAAUGAAGUUAUGGGCCCAAAGAUCAAAGGUAAAACUUCAAACUAAAUCGGCCUAUAGGUCUUACCUUUCACUGAAUUAUUAAGAACUUCGCAAAAAUGUUAUUUGCUUUCAGAACAAAAUUUCAAGAAAUCUAAAUAGAAGUUUCGUUAUUAACUACAACGUACUGAACUACAUAUUAUUUUCCAGGACCUUUCAAACUAAAAAAAGGGGCCAACAAGAAAAUCUCUCAUUCCCUUUAGCCUCAUGGUUCUGAUGAGUUACUCUUAGAUUUACCUUUUUUUCUUUCUUUAAUAAUUGUAAUGUAUAUUGUAUUCAUAUAAUAGUAAAUAAACGUUGGUUGAUUGAUUGAUUGAUUUAGUAAUUGUCGACUACAGCAAGAUGCUUAGUUUCAGUUAGGAUAUGUCCAAGACAACAGAAGCAGCUCUUCAAAAUUUUAAAUCGUUUUGGAUGUUAGAACGGUUCUUCGGGCACAAACGACAUUUUUUCAGUUCGGUGCAGUUUUCACUUACUUAAUGUGAGAAUUUGAUUUUUAGGUUCUUUCUUGCUACACCAAAUGAGCCUUGAGAUGGAUCUGGAUUUUUUCGUCAUGUUUUCGUCCAUGGCGUCGAUUGUGGGUAACAUGGGACAAUCCUCAUACUCGGCCUGCAAUGCUUUCCAAGAUUCUCUUGCUCAAUACCGCAGACAUUUUCUCGGUCUUCCCGGGCUAGCAAUAAACUGGGGACCAAUCAGUGGAGCUGGUGUAAUGGAAAGAGAAGCAGGGGUCGCUAGAUUGCUUACGUUGGCAGGCUUGGGCUUUGUUGACGCCAAGGAAGGUAGGUUGAAACUUUCUGGAAGUGUAUAUAGUCUUUCAGCAAAAAUAUUGUUGGGGUUUUUGAAUAAAAAAACAUUACUACGGUUUUAAAUAAUUGUCACUUGGAUUUCGAUCAGUUUUGUGUGUCUUAAAGUUUAUUGCUUGUGACCGUAAUUAUCUUUGAAGACAGCAUAAAACGCAGUUUUUAACUUAGUUUCUAAACUUCAGAGUUCGCGUGUUAUUGAAAAAGCGCAAUGAUUAACUACUGCGAACGUUUUAAAUUAUCAUGACCUAGCAUUCAUAAUCAGUCAUAAUUGCAUGUCUUCUUAAUUACAGUAGGGCUUCAUUCAGGAAUGGUCAUUUGACUCCUCGGCAUAGGUUGACUGUUUGAUCAGAAGACAGAUGUUAAGGCCGAAUUUGCUGUACGAAAAGAAAAUUGAAUAAAUAAAAUACCAGUAUUUGCAGUUACUUGACAUCUGCUUUAACAACAUUAGAGGCAUAGUAUUUAUUAUACUUCUUUAUACUGUAGCUUUAAUUUUUGGAUGUAUUGUCUUCCAAGGUGUUAAACACAUGUUCAAAGUGUUAACUGAGGAGCCAGGUCGCUGUCAGAUCACAUUACUUGAUGUAGACUGGCCUCGAUUCUUAAAGAGCAAUGAAGGGCUGAGGAAAACUCCGCGACUUUCUAUCAUCAGAUCAUCAGUAAAUGUAUCCAACAGUCGAACGAACUCAGCUGAGUCUUUGGCACAAAGAAUUGUUUUAGAAAAGGAUGGUGAGAAGAGGGCAGAGCUUAUCAAAGAAUACGUCAGCGUUUCAAUGGCUGAAUGGACUGGAAAUUCUUCGACCUCAGAGACUGAUCUCAAUACCAGCUUGUAUAGCUAUGGAGUUGACUCCACCGCAGCUUUGACUUUGAAGAUGCAGCUUGAAAUAAAUCUGCACGUUUCGUUUGAGGUACACUUUUACUCUUUGUUUUUAAGAUAAUUUAUUAGUUGAGCUCUGCAAACCAGCAUACAACUGUGAGUCAUUCCUCCUAGUCUGGUUUGCAGAGCGUUGGAAGGGUGUGAUAAGGCAUGGUGUUUUGGUCUGAAAGUACAAUGUAAUGUGGAUGGGAACCCUACAGCUAAGGGUAGCCUUUGCCGUUUUAUUUGAAAAGCUCAAAAAAGAGAACUUCCGUUGCAGGUCUUCUACUUCAUGCAGCCAGACACAACUCCCCUAAAAUUGGCAAGGGACAUAACUGAAAAGAUGAAUGAACGAAGUCAAGGCACCCUUCCAUCCAAGGAACAGCCUCAAAAUAGUAACAGACAAGACGAUGAACAUGAUGAAGUAUCACCCAUAAAUGACGUUGAAGUAUCUACUAUAAGUGACGUAUCUAAAAGCCAAAUACAAGUUGUACCGCUGUACACUCCAGAGGGCUCAGCCAUAAAGUUUUUUUGUGUCCAUCCGUCGCACCGUUACGCGAUGAGUUUGGUGCCGAUAGCAACAGGAUUUCAAGGACAGGUAAACUAAGACGCUGAUAAAUAUUUGGACAAAGUAUAGAAUUCAAAUAAAUCGUAAGUCAAAACAAAGCUAUAUUAGCAUUAACAGGCCUAUUGUAUUACCUUUGUGAAAAAGUUCUCAGCUUGAUAGGACACUUUAUACUUCAGCCGAGUUUAUUCAUUUUUACGGCCUCGUCUUCACUGCUAGGACUUGGUUUCCUUCUACGCACUGGGUUACACAGACCCAGCAGCAGUGAGUGAGGAUUGGGGUGGAGUGCGUGAACUUGCAGCACAUUACGUUCAGUUAAUAAGCAAGGAACAGCGUCAUGGCCCUUACUUUUUGGGUGGAUAUUCAUACGGAGGUCUUCUCGCCUAUGAAAUGGCUUCCUUGUUGACAGAACAUAAUCAGAGGGUGGAGUUUGUGGUGAUGAUUGAUACCUUUCCUUGGGUUCUGCACUCACGGACUGUCAGCAGUAGACUACCUUCAAUGCAAGAGUAUGAAAAUUUGCAGCGUCGGCAUGUCGAGGUUAGUCAGUUUCUUACGGUAGAUAGAGUCUAUUUAAAAGUUGUUAUUACAUCGACAAUUAAUGUUUCUUGGUGAUAUAAAAAUAAACGCUAGGUGUAUUUGACAGACUCUUCAAAAACUGACUAAAAAUUUAAAGGCCUAAACAAAUCUUUCCGGUUAUGGCGUGUCUUGAUGUCUAAUAGAAAACGUUUCCUUAAAUAAUACUGUUUUGCUUGAGAGCUAAUUGCAGAUAAUGGAUACAGUUUUUAUUCGCAAAUGACAAUGUUUGAAAAAAAUUCUCUGCUAUGCCUCGUUUUCUUAAUUCUCUUUGAAUUUGAAUUUGAAUAUAUAAAAAAUUUCAUAUCCUUCAUGAUUUGAUUUAGCCACCGAGGCACCAAUGGAACCUCAGGGAAGAGUGCUUGUUCGAAACAAGGCGUUUUUUCUUUAUUAAGAAAAGGCUAUUCAACGGCGAUUCGGCCUCAGUAUCGCUUUCACCAAUAUCAAAGAUUUGGGCCAUUUUCGCAAAGAGGGGCGCUUAUUAACAAAGAAAAAGUCUGGGGACUGCAGCAGUUAUUGGAAAGAGGGCUAUAGAUCGAAUCAUUAAGGCAUUUGAAUUGGGAAGAAAGGUGUUACAAGUGAGAGAUUACCGCAGUUAUCAAGGUCAAGCAAGGGAUGUUUCCAAAUAACUAGUCAGAGGUGUCUCCAAUGUUUUUUGUUAUGCUUUAGAGGCCUGCUUGGUUAAUUUGGAGCUGCGCUAAAAACUAUUUAUCUGUUGUGAUGUCUUUGGUCACCACUCAAAAGUGUUUUUGGUUUCUGCAUUUUUCAGGCUUUCUUGAACCAGCUGCUUUUAGGGAUGCGCAUAUAACUCCGUCUUUUAUUGUUCGAUGCGAUGAGACUGUGUCUACCGGCAUGCUUGUUUUUUAAUGUUACUGUAAAAACAGCAGAAUUUUAAAACUAGUUGAUGACAAAGUCUAAAGAAAAUUUGUAAUCUUUUAGUUCCAAUUUGAAAAUUAUCUGAGAAAACUGGCAAUAGACUCACUGAAGAUGACAUCAGAUGAAUAUCAAAACAUGAGAGAGGAGAACACUAAAGAAUGGAUCGUUGAUGAACUUGAAAAAAGGGGACUUGAAAGAGGUCUAGCAAUCUACGACUUGAGAACACUGAGAGAAUCUCUCCUGAAGGAUCAAAUCAUCGCCAGUAGGACACAUCUGGAGUGGCAGCCCGCAGAGGUAAGGGUUUGUUUUCCGUUUAUUAUGCUCAAAACACUGAACCAAUAGCAAAAGUAGUUACUGCAACAGUUGAAAAGUUGGUCGCGGAGAGUUUUAAAUAUUUCUCGUUUUCAAGAAGUGCUUCAGACGACAACCCUGGAAAAAACCACUUCGGUUAGGUCCGACCAAAACAUUUGUGACCACCUUUGAAGGUGAUCCACUUUGACCUGUCAUUUUAGUCGGUCCGAAAUGUCCCUUUCCAUUUCCAAAAAUUUUUGUCCCCAGUACAGCUCAUCUGUAUCCUGUUUCGUAGUUUGCAAGUGCAAUACUAAACAUGCGGUGACUUUGGGUCUGGUCUGUGCAACCGGAAUAUACCCUUCCUUGGGCUCGUGGCAAAUUUCCGAAAUUUCGAACUUGAAAGAUUGUUGAAUGGAAAGCGCCCGCUGUAAGAGAAGCCUUUUUUGAUAGUGUGCAGCCCGUCUACUGUAAUUUACGCAAAGAUCUUGUACGUUAUAAUUCCAACCAUUUUAAUGAUUGCUCUCCCGUUUCAUUUGUAAAUAGGUCCGCUACCGAGGUCCACUCGCAUUCCUAAAAUGUCAAGAUGCCUGCUUCUCGCCCAGAUCAUCAGAUAACGUGGAAGAGAUUUGGGGCCAGUUGGUUGAUGAUGGAAUUAAUCUGUUAGUUUGCCCUGGGAAUCAUUAUUCCAUGAGUGAAUCGCCUAACGCCAUUGUUACCGGUAGUAUCUUAGCAACGGCCCUAGCAUUUAAGUACCGUUUGCUGUUUCCAGAAUUCCCUAGGCCCACGAGAACGUUCAGUCAGAGACGAGCUGUAGAAAAACUCUCAGGUGGAGUAGUUGUAUUCCUCCACUCAAAGAAAGGUAACCAAAUUUUAGUCCAAUGCCAGCACAGUAUAAUAUGUUAUUCAAAUGGAAGUGAAAUCGGCGUAUAUGCCUCAGAGCGUGUCGGUACCUCGUUCCCAGGGUCCUCUCCUACGCGUCCCACGAAGCGAGAUCGGGAACGAGGUCGAGCGUGUCUGCGUUCUGGCGAAGGAAAGGCACUGAAAAGUCAUUAGCUCGGUUGAAAGAAUUUAAUGUAAGUCCAUUUGAUGAGCAUUUAUAGAAUAAGAUUUUAAAAAUCCACAUAGAUAAGAAAAGAACUCAUUGUAGCGGUUAAGGCCCCAUUUUCCCUGCAACCCAGGUUUUGCCAAAGGCAUACUCUAUCUGACUAUAUAUAAAAAGAAAGAAAAAGAAAAUAAGAAAAAAUCAAGGAUCAAGAAUCACUAUCGUUCUUUCUCCUUGUGUUAACUUUACUUCACUUGCGUGUUGGGGGGAAGUGAAGUAAACGUAGGUAUCACACUUUUUGUCAAUGGUCAUCCGGUCCAGCAUUUGGGUUAUAUGAUAGUUAUACGUCUUGGUUCUGUUCUUUUCGAGUAAUUGCCGUCAGGGUCUCAAUAAGUAAUUUACAUUUCACCUACCUUUUAUUCAAAUAUAGGACACAAAAAGCCUCAUUUUGGAGAACUACAUUUCAAGGAGGAUGUUCACAAACUUGAAUUAACAUCACAAGCCGAUGAAGAAGAGACUCGGGAGACAAAUAAAACCAAAAAGAUCAUUGACUUGAAAGGUAUCAGUGUUAUAGAUAAUUAUUUUUUCAAUUUUGUGCGAACCAAUAUGGCCUUUUGAUACCUUAGUUAAGCCAAGCUUCUUGUUAUUGACACCAUUCCCGAUUGAUGCACCCAAAGAGCAUAGGCUAUGAGUUGUUGUGCUCUCAUGGCAAAAUCAGGUUUUUUUUAUCAGCUUGUACGUUGUCCUGUAUUUGUCAAGACUCAGAAGGGAGAUCGAAUGGUACAGAAUCCUUCACAUAAAACACUUGACAAACGUUGAAUGAAGAAUGCGUGGAUUCAUGUUCUUAAAUUGUUACAAAACCGUUUAAGGAGUUUUUGUAGUCUUUUCUGCGCUUCUAUUCAAAUGUAACCUACAUUUGCAAAAAACACAUGUAAUUUAAAGACGUGGGAGUUUCUAAUCGGCAUUGCCGUCGUCUGUCACGUUUCAGGAGUCUUUUUUAUAGCCGAGAAAGCCUUACGCGCUGGUUAGACCAGCGGCGUGUAUUUGGGACGGUGCCAUUAAUUGGACAAUUGAAUGGCUGUUUCGAUUGCACUUCUAAACUAAGCGAGUAAGUUUUUCAGCUUAUAUUUGUGAUCAUCAACUCUUACAAAGAUCCUCUCUUUUAAGAUCUCCUUAUGGUCCAACCAGGGAUGUUAGUGGCCAAUGCUAGGAGGUAUGCCGGCCGAAAGCGAAGAAUUGGAGCAUAUCGCAGUGGAAACCUGAGGCAAAUCGCUUCUGUUAUCACAAGGAGACGUGUCUACAAUUUGGAAUUUACUGAUUAUUCGGAUUUAAAAUCAUUCUACAAUAUGAUCGAGGCUGUUUUUGCUGUCCAAUUGUUGUCGCGCUAGAUGUGGUAGAAAACGAACUUAUUAAGGGCCCAAGGAAACAGCUGAGAGCGAAGCACAAUGCUAUUUGGAUGGUCCUCAAGUGUGGUGAAAGAGUUUAAGCUUAAGGGAAGAUUGCUCUCCACAGAUGAACCUCUGCCUGGAGGCGUAUGCCUUCCUCUUCAUCAUACCAAAGCGAUUUUCUACUGUCUUAAUUUGCUUGGAAGAAUUUUUGUAGAUUAAGGUACUCCAAAUUGGACAUUUUUUGAACUAAUCUAAUUUGCCUUUACAGUAAGCGAAUGCAAUAUUUGAUUCUGCUGUCUAGAGAUAUUCUAACUGAAUAUUCAGAUUUACCCUGGUAAUGUAAGGGAAGAAAUAACCAAAUAACUGAAAUAUAGAUAAAAUGAAUAACUAGACAAGCAUAGGAAGAAUAACUGAGGAAAACGCAGCUCCCUGAUAGUUCAUAAAUAUAAACAACAACAACAAAAGCACAAAGAUUAGAGGGACAAACUAGAAGAAGCAAUUCGCUGAAGUACUGAUAAAUUAAAGAAAGGGGGUAUCUGCCAGUGGACGUAAAUCUAAAGUUACGACAAAUGCAGAUUGGAGGGUCUGAAUUGGGUUAAGUGUUAUUCGCCCGCAAUUUUUAGUGUUUGCUGUUAAAUCGGCCAAUUUUUUAAUGUUUACUGUUUCCGGAGAAAAUACUGUUAAGUGUUUGAAGGGUUUUCGUGGAAAACCCAUAGUCUUUCAGCUCUGCUCAAAUCACCAGUAAACUUUGAGCCCGUGCUCAAAGGGGCAGUAGCUGUAGUCUCGUUUUUCCACCCAUUCGCAACAGUAUUCUGGGGAAUACUGGGUACCAAUCUCGUGUCAGGGGCCCACGAUCCUUUGGUCAGCGUCGAGGCCGAAGGCGGCAUCGAGUGGAUUCUCCUCCGGUGUUGUCAAAGUUCUAGUGAGCUUCUGUAUCAGCGGGGAUGAUUCUGCAGUUUCGAAAGGCAUAGAAGCAGGGUCAUUCUUGACCUUUCAAAACAAUCCAGCGUGGCACCGUCAAGAAACAUCUGACGAAAUUUCUUGUUGGAAAACUUCAGUAGUCUUCGGACAUCUUCGGAAAUCUUCCGAAAUGACUGGAAAUCGUCGGAAAGAGGCCGAAAACGUCUUGAAAUACUGAGCAAAAUAACAUUGCCUUGUUUGGAGCCGUUUUUGUUUCCUUCUAGAUAAAAUUUACUGUUACAGAGAAUUGUUUUACUGUUAGUGUUAAAAUGCCUAAAAUUUAACUGUCUCAUGUUACAAAGCCAAAAAAUUAAGUGUUUAGUGUUAUCGAGGUACCCCCAUUCAGACCCUCAGAUUGAGCUGUCACUCAUUUAGUAACUGUUCUUGUUGGUUUUUGAUUCGACUGAAAAAAGUUCUAAAUAUUUUUACCAUAAAGGCUUUUUGAAACAUUAUUUUGAAUAACGAAGUGAAUAGGAAAUAUUAAGGAGGAUGGCGUUUCUUGAACCGCUCACGGCUAGUCAGUCUCGUCCCCAAGCUCCCCAGAAUAGCGAGAGUUAGG